ACCGUGCACAAAGCAGUGAAGCACUGCGUGGGUGCGCCUGCCUCGUUUUUAAUUUUCGAAUAGGAAAUUUUUGUAAGAAUUUAAAAAAUUUGGGCCAAAAAUGUAAAGAAUGAAACUUUUUAAUAAAUAAAAGAAUUGGGGAGUCCCACUUAGUGAGACUGGGAGAUAGCUCGCACGAUAAAGACUCCGCCGCCUGAGUCUGUUUCUUUACCGAUCGUCAUCGCCGACGCCUUCUCUCCGGCGCCACUCUUCAGCCCGAUGGAUUUGUCAAACCCUGCGGUGUUUGUCAAUGCUGAGCUACUACGCAUGCAUGUGGGACGGAGGGUUAGGGCAGUGGUUCAGGUAAUUCGCUCUGACGGUAGCACAGUGACUGGAAAAUCAACUGAUGAACAGCAGAUAAUCAUCAAAGGCCAUGCGCCCGGUCCACUUUCAACAUUUGUGGAGGUUUUUGGUAUUGCUGACACUCCACAAUCAAUCCUUGCUGAAAUAUGGACUAACUUUGGGGAUAAUUUUGAUACUGUGAGUUACAACCGCAUUUGCCAACUAGCCAACGGGGAAUACAAACACUUGUUCAUUUGAGGAUUGGGUCAUUCUAUGAUUCGGUGGUUCAUCAAAAGCCUUCUUUAUUUUAGUUCUUUGUCGACACUGAUGGAUGCAUAAGAAAUAGCCGAAUGAUAGUUUUUUUUUGGAGUCUUUCGUCUUAAUUGUUUGUUUUGUGCAAGAAACUGAUCAGUGAAAGUUGGUAGUUGGCACGCCGUACCAGAAAACAGCCAAAUCUUCUGGUAUGUAAUUCUAGUAGUGUCUUACUGAAUGUUUCUCUUGACCAUUCGCAAUUUUCUGUGCUUCUAAUGGCAUGUUUGGGAUAAGGUUAAUUAAGGUAUGUAAGUGAAGGUACUUAGAGAUGGUAGUUUGAGGUAUGUGUAGGGAGUUUAUACUCUCCCAGUCCGAUUAUAUGUUGAUCACUUUGACUUGGUUUUUAAAAAUAUAUUAGUAUAUAUGUU